UAGUUUUGCUUCCGAGUCAAAUAGAAAUGAACGUUUCAGACACAUUUUUACCUGACAAAACGUGGUUUAAUAAUGAGAAACUCGCUAUCACUGUUUCACGUGGAUUCUACAUGAAAGGGUUGUGUUUUCUUAAGCUGUUUCAUACCUGCCAGGAUGGAUCUUGGUAAGGCAAAGCUGCUUCGGACUGGUCUCAACACUCUCCACCAAGCCAUCCACCCUGUGCACGGGAUAGCAUGGACUGACGGCAAGCAGGUCUGCCUGACAUCUCUCUACUUCGUCAACGGCGAGCUGAAUUUUGGGGACACAAACGUCAUCGGGCAGUUUGAGCAUGUCUUUGGGCUCUUCUGGGGCCCGCUGUGCUGCUCCGACUCCCCAGCCUUGCUGGCUGUCCAGCACAAGAAACAUGUUACCGUGUGGCAACUGCAGCUCAGUGCGCUUGAGCAGAACAAGCUGCUGUGCACUCAGACCUGUGAGAUGAGCGAGCCUUUCCCCUUGCUCUCCCAGGGCUGUGUGUGGCAUCCUAAACUGGACAUCCUAGCCGUGCUGACCAAGAGGGAUACUUCUGUGCUGUUUUCCGUGCGGAUGGACAACAGGAGAAUUAAAGCAGACAUCACAGGUAGUGGACUUAUCCACUGUGCAUGCUGGACUAAGGAUGGUACACGCCUGGUGGUGGCUAUAGGAAGUUCUCUUCACUCCUACAUCUGGAAUGACAUCCAGAAGAGUCUGGUGGCCUGCUCCUUCUGCCCCGUCUUCGAUGUUGGAGGCUACAUCUGUGCCAUCGAGACCACGGGGGAUGCUCAAGUGGCUGUGGCUACAGAGCUGCCUCUGGAUAAAAUCUGCGGGUUAAACGCCGGCAUAGCCUUCGACAUGCAGCCUGAAGGGGAGUCCCUGCGGAGCCACAGCCCUGUGGUCAUGUCAGAAGAAGACCACCUUGUGGACUCAAGAAGGAGAUCUUUAUCAGAGAGGUCCUACAUCGCCAGCUCCGGCCCUCUGGACCUCACCCACCUCCUGGCGAAGCACCGUCGCUCCGACCCCAGCCCCCUCAUCCACCUGCGCCGCAGAGACACCAUGACGGGCUCUGGGCAGGACUCCUCACACCUCAUCCUGGUCACCUAUGAGCGUAAAGUCACCACCAGCCGCAAGGUUAGCAUCCCAGGGAUUUUGGUUCCAGAUAUUGUGGCUUUUGACCCACGUGGCUCCACAGUUGCGGUGGCUUCCAACACCUGCAACAUGGUGCUUGUGUAUUGCAUCACAGCGUCUGCCAUGCCAAACAUUCAGCAGAUCUCCCUGCAGACAAACGAGAGGCCCAAAGGAGUGUGCUUCCUCAAUGACAAGAUGCUGCUGUUGAUGGUGGGCAGGCAGAAGUCUAACGACCCUGCCUUCCUUCCAUCUUCUAACACAGAUAAAUAUAUUCUUCGCCUCGUGGCUAAAGAACUGAUGCUCGAUGGAGAGACUCCAAUCACGCCAUCCCCCUCUCCUCACAACCAUGAGUCUAAUUUCUGCGCAGGGAUUAGGAGACACUCGGAGCACCUGUCUAAGGAUGACAGGGAGCGCACUGGGAUUAAGGACUUGGUGUUGCCUGGAGGGGGAGUCGUUCGUUCACCAGGGAACAGGCGCAGGCUGGUGGAGGAGGUGAGGAGCGGCGAGCCCAGCCCCGUCACCAGCUCCGUGGACUUCUCCGACCGAGCAUCAGACAGAGCCACGUCCAGUGCCUCCUCCAUCACGGUGGAGAACUUCGACAUGGACCACAUCAACCGCAUGAGCAGCCUGGCUGUGGCCGGCCAGAUCAGCAGGGACUCCAGCCGGGCCAGCUCGCCUCGCCUGGAGCCGUCCGACAAACUCCACACUGAUCCAACGCUGCCCAUGCCUGAGAAGACGUCGGGCCCCGCCAAGGAGCGAGCACUGGAGCAGCUGGUCCACAACAUGGAGAGGCUUUUUACGCGCUUUGCAGAUGUACAGCAGUGCCUGACAGAAAUCAGAGAUUAUACCCAGAAUGGCAAGAAGGCCCUGACUGUCUACCCAAAUGCCUGUGAACCCCCUUAUGUCAAUGUCACAUGUCAGAAGCAGUUAUCAGAAAAUGUGUUCAUUGAUGAGCGGAGGCCUGUGCUGCUGUGUGAGGGUAAGCUGUGUCUGCGUGCUCUCCAAGACCUCUUCAACCUAACCAUUGUGGAGAUGAUGUACGGUCCACUGUGGGUUGUACUUGUGGCAGAUCCAGACGGCUUUGUGCCUCUGACAUUCAAGGCCAAAGAGGAGCUCACAGUGCGGAACGGGAAGAGGAAAUCUAACCUACGGACCCCUGGGAGCCCAGACACCUCCGUCCCAUCCAGUCCAGCCCCCGGCCAAAGCCCCAGCACAGCCAUAGAAACCUCCACUUAACACACACCUCAAUUUAUGGACUCAUGCAGUUGUAGCCGUUACUUGAAUAUGUUUGACUGGAUCCAGAUAUGCAAGGCCGAGUGGAUGUGGUGUGAAUGCAGAGCCUCAGUAGUGCAGAUAACCAGAGUUUAAUUUCACAUUUAUUUUUCUAUUAGUAAGUUGAAAAGGGCUGCCUAUUCAGAUGUGAUGGUUACAUGUUGCUGCUUUGAAAUGAGAGCUUACCUUAAAGAAGCCUGAGCAUCGAACCAUGUUUUUUCUUUAAUUUUAUGUUGACAAAAUGCAGUUCUGCUGUGGUGGACACUCACUGUAGUGCCAUGGUGCUCUACUAACAGCUUUGAGUAUGUUUUAGAGAUAUUUUAGACAUUUUUUCAACUCAAAAACCAAUAGAGGCUUAUGGAUGAUGUAAAUGUUUUGUUUUGUAUUUGUUAUGACUGAGUGAAAGUCAGAUUUUACCUAUAAAAUCUCUAUAUUGUCCCUUUGAUGCUUUAAUGCUGAGUAGCCCGAAUGUGUUGAAUCCAAGUGUGAUUGAACCUUGUUAUGGAACACUCUGGUUUAUAUGUUACCAUGUCUAAAAUAUUUAUAAAAACAGUUGAAGCACUUUCUUUAUUUUUGUAAUAUUAACAAGCUCAGUAACACAUGUGACCACUAGAGGGAGCUAGGCUCAACAGAGACUUCUCUGUUUGCUGUCCAGUGGCGUUGAGAGCUCUUGAAAACCAAAUAAGUGUAAAAGUUUAUCUUGUCAUAAAAAGAAAAUAUUCUGGAAGCUUCUUGAAUAUUAAAUCUGCAUAAUUAGUUC